AUGCUAGAUUUUAUGGAUUACGUACUGAGGGCAUUCGAAAGAUCCACAUCAUGGAAUCGCGAUAACAAUUAUGAAAAUAUCACAGUUACUUCUGACACAUUGAUAAAUUUCCCAAUACCGACCACUUUUAAGUUUCAGAGUUCAGAUCGUGCUUCAAAUAAUACAUUCAAUACACUAGAAAUUACUGCACAUAAACAGGUAUCGGGAUCACUGGCAUAUCUCUAUACCGAUGCAAUUGGGAUGGAUAAAUAUAUACGGGGCUCUCAAAUGAGGACCCUACAAGAUGCUACUGAUACAUACAGACAUAUCCAACCUUUUUUUGCAAAGCAAUCACAAGAUCUUUCAGAAGUGCGCAAUAACUUGCAAUCAAAUAACAAUGCAAAUAAUGAUAUUUGUCGAUCGUUAUAUUACGGUAGAAUUUAUUAUCCUACAUCUAUCUUAGAGGCAAUGGUUGUGAAAAGAAUCAAUUUUCAUAACCAACUCACAAUUAAAUCAUUAAGUAGUGCAAACAAUAAACUGAAUGUUAUAUUUGUAAAUUGGCAAAAGUAUAAGAAUGAAAAUUUACAAGAAUUAACAUUUUCAUCAGAUGGGGUUCUUUGUGGAUAUAGGUUUCUUCAUAAUUUCAUGAGUUCUCCGUCAAAGUUCAACAGUGCUUUGUAUAAUAAUGCAUCCUUUUCAAUGGGUGGUGAGAUGUGGCUGGGAUUAUCUACAUUGACCCCUGGUUGUUCUACAAGUUUAAGGUAUUGCACACAUGCUGCAAAUACUGGUAGACCAUUGACACUAACUCUCUCUUGGAAUCCAUUAUUUGGACAUAUUUCAUCCACAUAUUCAGCUAGAACAAGUAUGAGUACAACGUUUGCUGCAAGGUACGAUUUUAACUUAUAUUCAACCGAUUCAAAUUUGUCAUUUGGUUGUGAAUUCUGGAGAAAGAAUUCAACCGAAUCAACGGAUGUUAAUAAAACACCGUUAAAGGAAGAAAAUCAGAACCAUCAUCAUGUAGUCUCUAUAUUUGAUGAAACCGAUUAUAAUAAAAAUGACGAAAAAAAUAUUCCAGAGAAACAAAUAAAAUUGUUAAAUGAUAUUACACAUACUUUUUCAUCAUCUUUAGAACAGAUGGAUAAAGAAAAAUCCAUUAUCGAAGAUGUCGAACAUAAAUUCAACAAUGAGAACUUCACGAACGUAUGGAAAAUGGCUACUUCUUUACGCGAUCGUAACAUAAGGAUGUUAUGGGAAGGGAAAUUUAAAGGAUUCUUACUCUCUGCAGGUACUGAAAUAUUCCUGACCAGAGACUAUUUGAACUCAGUAAUUAGGUACAUCAACCAAAAUGAUUCAACUAUUAAUCAAACCGAUACUGUGACCCCAAAGACACCUUCACCCAUUUCAUUUGGAUUAACUAUUCAAUAUUCUACAUAA